AUGUAUCUGCCAGAAGCUGAGCUUUUGAGGAUUCCUCCCUAUACGGCAGUGCUAUGGAGACAGUUUGUUCAAUAUCCGUGCAUGCUGUACGGCUUGUUUGAAAGAGGACCAGAAAGGAUAGAUUUUAAUCCAGAUCACAUAAUACUGGCGGGUGCAAAAAUAAGGGAGUACAAGGUUGAGAAUCUAGAAGAACUAGAACAAGUAAAGCGCGAUCUUUUGAAUAAGCUUAUUCUUUUCCGGGUUGAAGUAGAAAACGUGAGAGAGAACAAUUAUGUUUUGGUCAACGUUCGAAAAAUAACAACAGACAAAUUUGCAGUCCUUGUCAAUCCAAAGCAUCCAGUUAUUCAAGACAUUCUCGCACGAAAACUUACUGAAGUUGCUAAGUAUAUAGAAGAGGGGCAAUCUUUUUGUCUUAAGCUUGAUUUUAGUUUGCCGAUGAAAGACUGGUACCGCGGUAUAGUCGACAGAAUUAACUCCGGCCGAACCAGUGUGGAUGGAGAUAUGUGCAUAUAUGUACACAACUGCUCAUCACCAGAUGAAUGCUGCCUCAGUCCAUUGUGCAUUGUCGGCUGUUUCCCAUUCUGGUUACUGUUUGGUGGUCUUUGCUAUUUUAUUCACAGAAAACUGAAAUACAUUGAUAAGAAGUAUUGCUUCCACGGUAUCCCAGUUGUUCUACAGACUGAGAUCAUCCCAAGGGUCAUUCCUAGGGUCAGAGUUCACCACCCACUAAUACGUAUUGUUGCCAUCAGAAACCCCCAAGAUGACCCAGUUAACCCACAAGAUGACCCAGUUACCGAUGCAGUUGAGACCACUCACUUUUGAAAAUACCCAUCAUUCCCUGCAUGCCACUUAAAGGAUCACCUUUUUAUAAUUCUUAAAGGAUUUUAUUUGGAUUAAACAAUUUCCAUAUGCACCGUAAUGUUAUCAAUUAAUAUCAAUAUCCUGUAUCAUUUUUUGAUAGAAUAAGUUAAGAAUAAAGGCAUUAUGAAGUUAUCAAAUCUAUUUUAAUGAUAAAAGUUUCAGUCAACCAAAGAAUUAGAAAAAUUGUUAGAUAAUUAUGCAGUUAUGUCUAUUCUUUUAACUUAAUUAAAAGUGGUAUAAAAAUGGUAUAAAAUGUACAAUUCAAUAAUGAUAAUUGUCAUCUUUAAAAAUUUGUUUGAUUGUUCUCUCCAUCCCUCCCUGCUCACACUGGCCCGACCCAAACUUUUUUUUCAAUCUCAAGAAAUUCUAAAAUAAUUAUUUACUUUUUAUUCCUGCAUUUUUUUAUUCCAUCAUUAUGAAAGCUUCUGAGAACAAAAAUAUUACCACCUACCCACUGACCCAAAUUUUUACCCUGAAUCGGGAGAAGGUAAACAUACAUUAUUUUAAAGGUGACAUCAUGGACGGCUACAUAAGUGAAUUAUUUUUCAUGUCUUAUAUAGCUAUGCAGUACCUAUGCAGUACCCAUAACAUCUUAAAUACAUUAAAAGAAAUAUGAAAAGGGUUCUUGCUAUUGAUUAAGCAUCUUAAUAUAAAAUACUUUAUUAAUUAUAAUUUCAAUCAGAUGCAGAUUUUAUGCUUGUAUUGAAUACUUCGCCUGUGCAGAGAAAGUUUAUUACCAAAAAGAAAUUCAGAAUAUAAUAUGUUUUCAAUCAUGGUGUUGUCAUGUAAGGUAAACAAACUAGAGGUACUGAGAGCAAUGAGCCCACUAAAUGAUACCCCCACCCCAAUAAUGUCCAUGUGUUGCUAUAUAUUGUUUUACGGUAAUGUAAAAAGAGGAAUAACUCGUCCUAUCAAAUGUUAUCCAGAAGCCUCUAUAUGUGAUGUCAUAAGUAAACAUAUAAUGGCAAUGUCCAUGUUUUGCUAUGGGAAACUUAAAAUACGUGUCGGAUAAAAGAGUAAAUUAGGAGGUGCACUAUGGCAACAUGUAAUACAGAUUCUGUGAAAGUUUCAUUAAAUUUCACUCAGUAGUAUAAGAGGAGUUGCGGAUAAGAGAUAAAGCGUAACAGACAGACGGACGGACGGACAGACGGAAAUACCGAUUACUAUAUAUCCUCCCAGGGGGGGGGGGGGGGGGUAUAUAUCAAUAUUCAGAACAGUUUUUUUGUAGAUUGACAGAAACAUCUAAAAAUCUAAGUUCGAUUUUGCUUUCCAUAUAAUUACAAAAAAAAAAAUAGUUUGAUAUUUGAAUUCGUUCAAAAGUUUCCGUUUCAGGUUUUUCACCCAAGUAAAAUGGGUGAAGUGUAAGAAUAUUUUUUUUACAAACAAAUCUUUGACAAUCAGUUUAAAAUGAUUCGACCACGUGGUUUAUUGCUUAGAAAGGCUUUUCUAGAGUCACAAACGAGUUGAUUCUAACGACAUGGGUUCUAAUCUUACUGCAGAAUGUGGAGACCCGUCCUUCGGAUAAGACCUAUCAACAGAGGUCCCGUGUCGCAAUAAGAGCUGGCAUAAAAAGAUCUCUCCCUCCUCAAAGGCCCCGAGUACCAAUUAGAGGACAAUUUUUGAAGCUCUCCGCCGGCAACUUAUGUAUGCAUACCUGAAUAUUCAGCAACCCCGUUUUCAGAGCUUUUAUGACAAUACAAAAUACCUUUAAU